UAAUAUCUAAUUUACGCAACAGAGUUUUAGUUUCAGGUAGUAUCAGAUAGCAGAAAGAGGGAAGAAUAUAAGAUUAAUCUUAAUCUUUCAAUUACAUUUGCAUUAAUUUCGUUAAAUUAAUUUAACGAAUUUAUGUAGCACGAUCGACGUGUACGACUGACCUAGUGUAUUCGUCAGUGAAUUGGGUCGAUCAAUAUUAUAUAGGAGGAGGGAAAAAGGGGCGGUUUUCCUAUAUGAGAGGUGACCAUUCUUCUUCACUAAGGGGAGAUGUUCGCCCAGCCGAACUCCCAGUAUAUGUUUCCAGUGCGCGUUGGAAAAUUCGUCCGAGACAUGCCGUCAUCUUCUGGCGAGGAUUGCUUGACUGUUAUGGAGGUACCAGAGAAUCGCUAUGAAGAGGCAAUUCAUCACUUGAGAUGGAAUUUCUUCGCCGAUGAACCACUCAACAAUGCUGUAGGACUCUGCGCGAAGGGGGAAUCCCAACGUGAGCUCGAGCAGCACUGUCUGUUUACCUUGAAACAGGGUUAUUCCAGGAUGUUAGUGAAUUCAAAGGGAGUGAUAGUAGGGAUGGCACUAAACGGCACUUUGAAGAAGGGUGAGCGCGAAGAGGCGGAACGGCGCCUCGCCGAGUUAAAUGACGAAAAAUUCAAAACGAUCUUUGGACUGCUCUAUAAGAUAAACGACAAGAUUGAUCUGUUCACCAAAUACAACGUAGAUGAGUUGUUUGAGUGCCGGAUUCUUAGCGUCGAUGAAAACUACCGUGGCAAGGGUUUGGCCAGCCUUCUUAUGGCCGAUAGCAUAAAAAUUGCCAAAGACGCUGGUUUUAAGGUAUGCAAAGCCGACGCAACCGGCGUAUAUUCACAAAGGGUCUGCCUGAAACAUGGCUUCCAAAUAGAAGCGGAGAUACCGUACGCAGAAUUGGAUAAAUCUAUUAGGCCAGCGCCACCUCAUCAAGCGUUAAAACUGAUGGUGAAAUUGUUAGAUUAAAAAUAAAAAAAAGAAAGUCGCUCUCUCAGUAGAGUUUAAUUAAAUUAAAAGUUAAAUCAUCAACACGAAAGCGCAAAGCGCAAAGUAGAUAUGUGUAUCGUCGUCGUGUCGUGACAAUAACAGCUCUGUUAAUGUAUGUCUCAGUAUCGCGAAUGCGAGAUACGUGAUGCUGUCUCAUAAAAUAUUUACUUUAUUGUUAGCAAAAGAAACAAGGAAACGCGUAGUACAUGUCGAACCAUUUCAAAUGAUAUCCGGUAUUACUGCCCCUCCGUACAUGUUCCGAAAUCAUUAAAGGAAAAAAGAGAAGGAAGAGAACAUCUAAUUUAAUUAAAUUGAAAAAAAUCGAUAUAAUCGAAAAAGUCACGAUUGUCUCGCAAAUCGCAUUUGGACUUUUUGUUUCCGCCAAUCGCUCCAAUCUGGCGAAAAAUCGGAGAUAUACGAAAUAUUUACAGACUCGCUGUUUAAUUCAUAUUUACAUAUUUAACACAUUGAUUGUCAUGCAAUCUGUAUACGAGUAGUAUGUACAUUUUACCACAUAAAAAACUUUUAUUUUUAUAUUAUUAACUCUUUAUUUUAUUAUCGCGCUAGGACUCGUACGUAAAUGUGACGUGAGGAUUUUAGUAAAUAAGCGUGACAGUCAAAGUGUUAGAGCAAACUUAUCAAUAUAAUUAAAUCUAAUUUAAUAGUAAAUACAUAUACAAAAUAAGAAUCUUCUAAAAGGAUUGUUGUUGCUUCUCUCACAAUUUUGAUACCUUUAAAAAGACAAAACAAUUUUACAUUACAUAUUCGGUUCUACACUGAUGAUAUUACAUACGCAUCUUGUAAUUAUUUAUUUUUUCGUAACUAAUUAAAGGAAAAAAUAAAAAGAUCGAAAUGUUAAAAGGGAUCUUACAAAGAUAUUUAAAGCUUGAAAAGAGGAUAUCAAUAAUCGCUCGUGCAGCAAAGUAUUACUCUAAUAAUAGAAAGUAAGAAAAAAAAGAAAGUCGCAAAGAGUCAAACAUUGUUCUAUCUUUAUAUAUGUCGUAAUUCGCCAAUGUCGCCAUGUGAGAAAUGGUCCAUAAAAUAUAUAAGGUCUAGUUAUAUCUUCUUCUUCUCUCUUUCUCUCAUGUAAAAUGCAAUGGUGCAGAUUGUUUUAUAACUUGUAUAUUUACUAUAUUCUAUCGAAAGCGACGAUAUUCGGUCGCAAUUCGAAGUUGUUAUUCUGGAUUAUAAUAAACGGGUCCAUAUAAAUUUUUAAAAAAGUUAUACGAGAAGAGAGGAAAAUAAAAGAUAUUUUUAUCGAUGUCACAUGUUGCAAAAGAAUAUAUAUAUAUAUAAAGUAUAUGCGAGUUAUUUUGUAAGAAUGUCUGCCAAAUGUGAAUUAUAACGCGAUUUAUAAUGAUUUGUAUUGCGUAAUAUGUAUCCUUUAAAGAG